AUGCCGCCAGCGAGAUCGACACCGGCGGCGGCGGCGUGCGAGAAGCUCCAGAAUGCGCUCCGGGAGUGCUACCGCCGCAUACCGGCGGGUCUAGGACGUGACGCCGCUUGCCGCCACCUCAAUCUAGGGCUAGCCAAGUGCCUCGUGUCGGCGGCGUGUCCGGAGGAGGCGGAGGCCGUUCGCAGCUUGUGCACGAGCGGCGGGACGGCACUAAAGAGAUCGCAAUGCCAGCAGGCCGAGCUCUCCCUCGCCGUCUGUCUGGGUUCCCAUCAGUAA